AUGGCAGAAGAGGUGAGCGGACGAUUGUCGAGCCGUGUGCUCAAUAUGAAGUUCAUGCGCCAAGCGGAUCAGGCGGAAGAAGCUCAAAAACAGGAUGAAGAAAAACGGCAGUUUAUCGACUCUAGCGAAUGGAAACUGGCCGGAAAUGACCACGUCAAGGCCCGUCUGCGGCCGCAAUGGCAGAGUGUUGGAGCAACAGCUCUUUGGGGCCAUCCUCAGGCGACAGGCGCCGUUGGAAGACGAAAACUGGGUGUACCAGAAAAAACGUCCGACGAAAGGCAGCAGGAGGCAGAUCUAGAGACGCUGUGGAAGUCCCAAAAACGCAGUAGAGGAGAAGAAGAAGAGUCUACCGCUAGCGAGGGUGAGCCAGAAGCUUCAAAGAAAAGAGCCUUGGACGACGAAGUUGUGGAAAAGAAAGGGAAAGAUUCUCGUAGGCCCAGCGACGGGAAUAGCAAGACCUCUCAGCCGUCUCAGAAACGUGUAAAGUCUGGUACUGCAGGCAGGCAAUCAAAGAAACAUGUAAAGGACAACAAGUAG